CGACAAUGAAGUUAGAAUAAAGCAAAAGAAGAAGACGGAGGCAUCUGCUCUAAUCGAUGAAGUAUAGUACGUAGGGCAAUCAUGUCAUCUUUUUUCAUUGAAUUUGUGUAUUGACGACAUACAGUGCAAUAUUACACCGGCUCUACUGAGCACAGACUAUCUAGCUGAUCGUCAUGCUGUACCGGGCUGUGGCUGUCAGACGGCUAAAAGCGUUACGAUGCCUGCCGUGGUUGUGUCAGAGUGGGCAACGAAAUGUCACUUAUGUUCAAGGCCAGAGCCCCGAACCUCGCAUUCGGGAGUACUUCUAUUACAUUGACCAUCAAGGACAGCUGUUCCUUGAUGACACUAAGAUAAAGAACUUCGUCACUUGCUUCAAAGAUAAGAAGUUCCUCGUCUUCUUCUUCAGUCGCCUGCGGCGGAACGAGAUGGGCCGGUACCAGGAGCACUUCCCUUUCCUGUCCCUGUGUGGGCGAGAGAGGAACUUCCUGCGCUGCGACGACAGACCUCUGGUCUUCACCCACCUGCUGCAGGGCCCGACAGGGGUCGAGGGGCCAGAGAGGCCCCCCGAGUUGCUGUCGUUCUGUGGGGGAGAGGACAAACUGUCUGCCCCAUUUCAGCCAGCGUCGAUCUACAUGCAUCCAGGGAGUGGGCGGGUCUAUCACCCGUGCACGGAGCACCUAGGAGGCGUCGGCCUCAUACGGUCAGCCCUCGCCAUAGAGCUCAGCCCCUCCUUCAUUUACCCACCGGGACAGAGCCAAUCAGGGCAGCCGACGCACUUCCUAUGGGCAGGACAACAGCACGUGCUGACCAAUGAGUUGGCUGGAUGCUUCCCCCAUGAGGAGGGAGAUGGGUCUGGGGAUUGAGAAGUGGGCUGAUGCGCUGCAGCACUUAGGUUCAAUUCUCAGUGUUUAUUAGCCCAGUGUUACAAGCUUUCACUGUGUUGAGAUGUACACAAAAGCACUGGCUUCGAUCAUUGUUCAUUCAGGCCAGCUGAAAUUAAUAUGGACAGUUCUGUUUGCAGCUUGCCAUCAUAUGGUCUAGUUUUUGAAAUGCAAAUGAUUAUUCUAAUGAUCGUUUCGUUGAAUAAAGAUGUUAUAUUGAGAAUGGUUUGUAAAAUAGUGGACACGUUUUGAUGUUCCUAAUGGGCAGAUAUAAUGGGCAGCAGACAAAACUAUGCAGUGGUAGAGUUUUCCUAAACUAUUAUAAUCUAUUCAGUACAUGUUGUACAGUUUCCAUCAAACCCAUUAGACAAGAAUAUUUUGAAGUAGUCUGAUCAUUUACAGUUAAAUGUCUCGGUUUUAUUGGUCGACUGCUCUGAAAUUGCAACACAUUUCUUUCGCUCAAUUGCUUGAUGCUGUUUAGUUUUAGUGUGUUCUUGUUUUGGUCCGUCUUGCAUUGGUUCUGCCUUUCUGUUUACGAAAUCAAGGCAAAUACACAACUUCCAGGACAAAUGCUACAAUGCAACAAGUUAAUU